AUGUCGUCGAACGCAGCUGCGACUCGCAGUGGGACUGCAGCAGCUGCGCAACCACAACAGCAACGCACCGACUGGAAAUGGACGCUAGCACGUGCGCUGAUCAUGUACGCUGGUGUCAACGCAGUGACCAAUCCCAAAUCACCUGUCGCUGGCUACAUCAACAAGUUGUUCGGACGUGAGUUUGUGGAUCCCGUAGCCUCCUCCGCCUCUUCAAUGUCGGCUGCAUCGGCUGUCGCGCCCUCACCCACUGCUGGCGUCGAAGGGGGUGCCAGUGUGCCGACCAACAGCUGGGUCGCACCACCUGCAGUCAAAGGCCCCGACAAUGUCGCAGUGCCCCUCUGGAACGACGACGUGGAGCUCGAUUUCUACAUCUACAUCUCAUCCGAUACGGCCCCGAGCGCAGAGAUGGUCAAGACGCAGCUGUCGGACUUGAUCCCAGAGAGCGGGUUGGCUCACGCCCCGGCGAUCCCCUUCGACGCGUUUCCCGAUUUGCUGCACGAUCCGCUGCAUGAGGGGAUGCGUCAUGACGCUCGAAUUGUCUACUCGUCUUCCGUGGGGACGAAGAGCGGAAAACAGGAGCUGAAGCCAAUGGCUGCCGUCAAGUGGUCCCACAUCCGAUUGGCGGAUUUGGCACUGUCGAGGGACGUCGAUCUGGUUCUGCCGCUGGACGAUGCGGUCCGGAAACACAAUGGGAGUGUCUGGGCUGAUAUGGUGGUGACUCAGCAAGGCGUAUCGCCCGACCCGAGAGAUGCGAGUCAUCAUCCGCUCGGAGUGUUCAGGCGGAGGAAACUGCUGUCGAGACUGAUGCCGUUGAAGAAGAAACGCGUGGAAAAGAACCUAUUCGACAAAGCCAACACCACCUCCUCCUCCAACAACGCAAGCCAAGACAUCGACCAAGAAGAGCAAGAGGAGAAAGUCAAAAUCGUCGGGCACUGGCAUCGCAAUCUCACUUUGGCGCUCGUACAGGAUCAGGGCGACCUCGGCGUCCAGCUGAGUCAACUGCCGCCACCGUUGCUGCAGCACGUCUCGGUAGUGCGCGAUCCGUCGUCGGGCGAAAUGGUGGCUGCACCUCCACCUGCAGACGCUCAAGCAGCAGCGUUGUUGGAGCAAGCCUACGCAGCCGGUCGACCGCCCAAUGUCCUGCGCUACCCGACAGUCUUCCCGAACGACUUCUGGCUGCUCAAGCAACACAUGCAUCCGAUCAACGAGACAGUCGACGAACUACCGCUGCAUGUGCAACUUUACCAUCAAUCGUGGUUCAAGUUCCAGAUGCUCGCCUCGCUGUCGGACUCGUUCGACAAACAAGCGGCCGGCGGUGGAGCGACGGGUUCGGCGACAGGAAGCGAAAUCGACAUGAUCAAGACGAUGCUGCUCGAAACGAAUCCGUGGUUCCUGGCGUUGACUAUCGUCGUGUCGAUCUUGCACUCCGUGUUCGAGUUUUUGGCCUUUAGCAGCGACGUCAGGCAUUGGAAGAACAAGGAUGAUCUCGCCGGUGUCAGUGUCGGGUCGAUCGUGACCAACAUCGUGGUGCAGCUGAUCAUCACUUUGUAUCUGUUGGACAACAACGAAGACACAAGCUGGAUGAUUCUGGCGGGUCAAGCGGUGGGGGUGGUGGUCGAGUGUUGGAAGCUGACCAAAGCUGUAUCCGUCGGCGUCGUUGCUGCGCCCAACUCGGUGUUGGGCUAUCGCCUCAAGAUCUCGGACAAACACAAGCUGUCGGUGGAGGAGAAAAAGACGCAGGAAUACGACCGACUGGCAUUCAAGUACGUCGGUAUCGCCGUCGGACCGCUCCUCGUCGGAUACACGAUCUACUCGGCCCUCUACCAGACCCACCGCGGCUGGUGGUCGUUCAUCAUCUCGACCGCCACCUCGUUUGUGUAUGCGUUCGGCUUCGUAUCCCUCGUGCCGCAGCUGAUCGUCAACUACAAACUCAAGAGCACGGCGGGGAUGAACAGCAAGACGUUUGUCUACAAGAUCCUGGGCACGUUUGUGGACGACAUGUUUGCAUUCUGCAUCAAGAUGCCCAUGCUGCAUCGCUUGGCGUGCUUCAGGGACGAUGUGGUGUUCUUCGUUGCCUUGUACCAGAGGUGGAUCUACGGCGUGGAUCCGACGAGGCGCAACGAGUUUGGGCAGACGCUCGAGAAGAAAGAUGGGCAGGAGAAGGACGGCCAGGAUGAAGGUGUGGGUGAGGACAAGGAGGGCGGCGCCAAGAGCUCGGCGCUGCAAAACAAGGCUGGCGGUCUCAAGUCGAGGGGCAAAGCUGCAGCUGCGACGUCUGGCGAGGCUCAGUGA